UUCUCGCCUCCCCUCUGCGUAUUCCUCCGUUGACGAGCGAGCAAGCGAGCGAGAGCAAGGGCAAUGGCGUCGGCGCUCCGUAGGCUCUCUUCCUCCUCUGCGAAGACGCAGCCUUUCCUGCGGAGCUCUCUCUACUUACUACAUGGUCCCUUCUCCAGCCAAUCCUUCCAAAAUCUGCAGGAAGGCAAAAAGUCUUCCCUACGAAGUGAAGCCGUCUACGAGAAGGAGAAAUCUCGCGUCACGCUGAACGCUCCGUUGGAGGUCGUCGAUCCGGAGAUUGCGGAUAUCGUCGAGCUUGAAAAGGCGAGGCAAUGGAAGGGACUUGAGCUUAUACCUUCGGAGAAUUUCACGUCGUUGUCGGUGAUGCAAGCAGUAGGCUCCAUCAUGUCUUUAAAAAACAGUGAGGGGUGCCCUGGUGCAAGAUACUAUGGAGGAAACGAAUAUAUGGACAUGGCAGAAUCAUUGUGUCAAAAGCGUGCGCUUGAAGCUUUUCGUUUGGAUCCUGCAAAAUGGGGAGUAAAUGUGCAGUCUUUGUCUGGGUCACUUGCUAAUUUUCAAGUAUAUACUGCACUCUUGAAGCCACAUGAGAGAAUAAUGGCACUUGAUCUGCCUCAUGGUGGACAUCUUUCUCAUGGUUACCAGACUGAUACCAAGAAAAUAUCUGCGGUCUCCAUAUUUUUUGAGACAAUGCCUUAUAGGCUGAAUGAGAGUACUGGAUACAUUGAUUAUGAUCAGCUGGAGAAAAGCGCUACACUCUUCAGGCCAAAAUUAAUAGUUGCUGGAGCUAGUGCAUAUGCUCGCCUUUAUGACUAUGCACGAAUUCGGAAGGUAUGUGACAAGCACAAAGCUAUCCUUCUGGCAGAUAUGGCACACACUAGUGGACUUGUUUCCGCUGGUGUUAUUCCAUCUCCAUUUGAGUAUGCGGAUGUUGUCACAACUACAACUCACAAUUUGCUUCGUGGACCACGUGGAGCCAUGAUAUUUUUCAGGAAAGGAGUGAAACAGAUCAAUAAACAAGGGAAAGAGGUUAUGCAUGACUUUGAAGAGAAGAUCAAUGCAGCAGUCUUCCCUGGACUUCAAGGUGGUCCUCACAACCACAUAAUCACUGGAUUAGCUGUUGCGCUAAAGCAGGCCACCACCCCAGAAUACAAGGCAUAUCAAGAGCAAGUACUAAGUAAUUGUGCAAAAUUUGCUCAGUGCUUGGUCGAGAAAGGCUAUGAGCUUGUUUCCGGUGGAACAGAGAACCAUUUAGUCUUGGUGAAUCUUAAGAACAAGGGAAUCGAUGGGUCUAGAGUUGAAAAGGUGCUGGAAUUAGUUCACAUUGCAGCUAACAAAAAUACAGUACCUGGUGAUGUAUCUGCCAUGGUUCCUGGAGGCAUCAGAAUGGGAACCCCGGCCCUCACAUCAAGAGGAUUUGUUGAAGAAGAUUUCGCUAAAGUUGCCGACUUUUUUGACACUGCUGUCAAAUUGGCACUGAAGAUCAAGUCUGAAACCAAAGAAGGAUCCAAGCUGAAGGAUUUCCUAGCCACCAUUCAAACAAAUGCAAAUAUUCAAUCUGAGAUUACAAAGCUCCGCUAUGAGGUGGAGGAAUAUGCAAAGCAAUUCCCAACAAUUGGAUUUGACAAGGAAACAAUGAAAUAUAGAAACUGAAGAUGAAGCUGAGGCUGCAAAUACAAGCAAGCAGAAGCUGUGUUGUUCAGCGGGCUCAUCACAACAAAAUGGUUAUUUAUGAUGUCAUUUGUAUCUGAAAUGCACGAGAAGAGCAAAUUUACAGCCAUUUAAGAAAGUGAAGCCUUGACUUGACUAUUACUUCUGAUGUACAAUUGCUAUGCAGCCUCGACGCGAUCAGGUAGCAUAUUAUACAUUAGUAGUCAUAUUGUAAAAUUAGUAGAAUUUCCAAUAAUUCAAUCAGUAGAGUUCCUGAGCAGUUGAAUUGGCAAUCUGGAACCACUGAAACUGGUGACGUAAUGUUGGUAAGGUUAGAACACCCUUAACAAGGUGGAAGACAUGUUUGAGAGUUUUGCUGA